AUGUGGGGUGCAGUCGGGUCAGCUCACGAGUGGUGCAGUGACCAGUCGCGCCUCCCUUUCCCCCCAGGUCGCGCCUCCCUUUCCCCCCAGGUCGCGCCUCCCUUUCCCCCCAGGUCGCGCCUCCCUUUCCCCCCAGGUCGCGCCUACCUUUCCCCCCAGGUCGCGCCUCCCUUUCCCCCCAGGUUGCGCCUCCGUCGCGCCUCCCUUUCCCCCCAGGUCGCGCCUCCCUUUCCCCCCAGGUCGCGCCUCCCUUUCCCCCCAGGUCGCGCCUCCCUUUCCCCCCAGGUCGCGCCUCCCUUUCCCCCUAGGUCGCGCCUCCCUUUCCCCCCAGGUCGCGCCUCUCUUUUCCCCCAGGUCGCACCUCCGUUUCCCCCCAGGUCGCACCUCCCUUUCACCCCAGGUCGCACCUCCCUCCUCCUAUCUCCUCCCAUCCCUCACCCCCAUCUUCCCAUCCCCCCCAAACCCUCUCUCAGCUCAUUCUAUCUCCUCCCUUCCCUCUCCCCUUCUUUCCCUAAUGUCUCCCCCUCCUUCCCCCCAUUUCCCCCCUCCAUGCCCUCAUUCCCAUCCCACCUUCCUGUCAUUUCACCUUUUCCUUCCCCAUUUUCCCACUCCUUUCUCCUGGUUUCCCCCCUCCUCCCUUUCGCCACCCGCGCCUGCAGCCUCGUGACCACCACGGAACCGCCAGCUGCACGUUCGACGAGGUGCGCGAGAUGCGCCCAUUCACGCUACAGUGCAUUCCUAGCACACAAGACUUGCACACCUCCCUCAUGCUCCCUCACCCUCUGUCCCCCCUGUCCUCCACUCUCCCCCCUUUCAUCCUUUCCCCCCCUUGUCCUCCUCCCACCCACAUCAUCCUCCCCUCUCUCAUCCCGUCCUCCCCUCUCUCAUCCCGUCCUCCCCUCUGUACGCCCUUCCUCUCCUCCUUCAGCCCGUCCUCCCCUCGCUUCCCUUCCCCCCAUUUCUCUUCCCCUCAUUUCCCAUUCCCCCGUUUCCCUUCCCCCCGUUUCCCUCCCCCACUUCCCGUCCCCCCACUUCCCGUCCUCCCUUUCUCCCGUCCCCCCGUUUCCCUUCCCCCCGUUUCCCCUAUGUCCCUUUCCCCCAUUUCCCUUCCCCCCAUUUCCCAUUCCCCCGUUUCCCUUCGCCCCAUUUCCUGCAGUAGAAAGAAUUUUGGCCCUUGCAACACGUUCCCCUUCUUUUUCCUCUUCUUUUCCCCUUGUUCCCCCCCUUGUGCUAUGCAGGCUGUAG